AUGCGUAAGUACGAGAGCCGAAGAUGAUGGUAAAGAUAGUUGGAGAAAGAAGAGAAGCGCUAAGGGAGCGCGCGAGGCGACCAAUAUCAACAACUAGCAACUAAUCAUAAUCGGGAAUACAAGUGGGAUGAAACAGCAAUAUAUUGACAGUUCCCCGCCACGACGUCGGUGACUCGGGCGUGCGAAUCGGUCCGAGUGAGUCCGCGUCUCCUUCGGACGAAACAGAUCCCGAAGAUUAUUACUUUAACGAAGAUCGAACACUUUACGUCGCCGAAACGAUGGAGGAUUUUUUCGUCGAAACGUUAUCAAGGGGUAGAGGAUUUGCGAGGCGGGCGGCCGCGGGUUCCCCAUCUUGGUGUUCAAGGUCGGGGAUCGGAUUGAUGUCGAGCAUGAGGAGGCCGAUCAAGCGGAGGGUGGGUGUGGAUGGGUGUUGGGAAGGAAACAUGGAGACGUCGUGCUGGGAUGGGUGAGGGCUGAGUUGUUUACGAUGCUUGAUGACGACGAGUUGUAG